AUGCUGUAUAAAAAAGUUAUAUUUAUUGGAAUAAUAUUGUUUACUCCUACUAUAUUAACAAUGAGAACAAAUAAACUUAAAUCAAAAAAAAUAAAUUUAGCAUUAAAAAUGGAAAAUGAUAUGGAGGAAGAAGAGGAAGAGUAUAUAAAUGAUAGAAAAAUAAUUUAUCAUGGGCAAUCAUUACAUUUUUUAAAUUUUUUACGCAAAAUUCAUUAUGAUCAUCGUGAAUUUCCAAAAAAUAAUAGUAAUUCUGAACCUGUAACUGUUUUUGUGUCUGUUGUUGUUAAUAAUGUAAGAGCAGUAUCAGAAGUUACAAUGGAUUAUUCAUUAGAAUUAAUAUAUAGAGAAAUGUGGACUGAUCCUAGAUUAGCUUUUAAUAAAAAAGAUUUUCAAAAUAAAAAAACAUUAGAAUUACAUGAAAGUUAUGUUGAUAAUAUAUGGCAUGCUGAUACAUUUUUUCCAAAUUCUAUUCAAUCUAAAAAUCCUAAAGAAAGAUCAAUUUCACAUCGUUCAUUAUUACGUUUACGUAAUGAUGGUUUUGUUUUAUAUAGUAGAAGAAUAUCUGUUGUUGCUGAAUGUCUUAUGGAUUUGACAUUAUUUCCAUUUGAUUCACAAUUAUGUAAAUUAGAUAUUGAAAGUUAUGGUCAUACUAUAGAUCUUCUUCAAUAUAAUUGGUCUAGGCAUAAUGAAAGAAAAGCUUUAAAACUUGGAAAUAUAAGAUUACCAGAUUUUCAAAUAAUUGAAGCAUAUGUGACAAAAAGAAAUGAAACAUAUGCAACUGGAACUUAUAGUAGACUAUAUAUAUGUUUUAUUUUUAAACGUUCAAUAGGUUAUUGUUUUCUUCAAUUAAUUAUUCCAUCAACUGCUAUUGUUAUAACAUCAUGGGUUUCAUUAUGGAUGGAUAAUCAAACAUCAUUUCAUGAUAUGAUAUCAAUUAUACUAGCAAUAACAUUUUUAUUAUUUUCAUAUAAUGAAGUUAUGCCAAGAGUUAGUUAUAUAAAAGCAAUGGAUGUAUAUUUAGGUGUUUGUUUUUGUAUUGUAUUUUUUUCUCUUAUAAAAUUAUCAAUAUUAAGAUUUAUGAGAGAACGUACAUAUAUACCUAGUGAAAAGUUUAAUUUUUUACCAAAUUUUUGUAAAAUGAUACUGGCUACAUCAAAUGCUACUACAUUAGUUAAAAAAAAUGAAUUAAAAAGAAAUAAUAUAGAAGAAGGAUUAAUUAAUAAUAAAGAGGAAGAAUUAAUUGAUGGAUAUAAUGUUACAUUAAAUACAUUAUUAAAUAAGGAAACUUCUAAUAAUAUUCAAUUUCCGAAAGUUAAUAAUACAAAAAAUUCCUCCUUUUUUCAUCUUACAUUUAAAAAAAGAACAAUCUGGAUAUUUCAUUGUCUAACACAAUUAGGUUUUUUAAUAGGUUUUAUAUUAUUUCAAAUAUUUUAUUUUGGUAUAUAUCCAUACAUUCAUCCACUAAAAAUUGAUUCAGCAUGUCGAAAGGAAGAUGCUGAAUUUUUUGCAAAAAUUAAUUUUUAA